CCGAAAAUUAGCCGCAGUUCAUUUCUUAACGUAAAGGACUUGGGUGUUAUAUAUUUAUUGUAAUGAGAUAACUUAGUCUUCGUGUACCAAAGUACAUUUUUAACAAUGUUAGGAACAAAUAGAUCUAGUUCGCACAAACUUUCAAUGGUCUCAUGCCCUGUAUGUUCCGCCAAUCACCUCCCUAUCAAAGGGUCGCUGAAAAAUGGUGUGUAUGCAUGUACCUGUGAAAACUGUGGCCACUUCUUUAAAUUCAAAGCAGUCCAGAAUUUCAAGAGCACUGUCACUUUUACUAUCAAUGGAGUUAGCUACACAGUUGGAAAUGAAUAUCACCCAGCAACUUCUUUAAAUGAGUACAUGCGCCAUUCCGGCGCCUCUGUUGGCACCAAAGGCUGCUGCUAUGAAGGGGGCUGUGGAGUUUGUCUUGUCACUGUCAAACUUUUUGAGCCUAUUUCGGCUCAAAAAGUAGAGUAUGCUGUAAACUCAUGCUGUCUCCAACUGUACACAUGUGAUGGUAUGGAGAUCACAACCAUUGAAGGGCUGGGUAAUACAAAAGAUGGAUUACACCCUAUACAAGACAGAAUGGUGAAACAUGAUGGGACUCAGUGUGGGUUUUGUACACCAGGACAGAUCAUGAAUAUGUAUGGACUUUUAAAAAGAUUUCCAACCCCUACUGUUCAACAAAUUGAAGAUGAAUUUGAUGCCACUCUUUGUCGAUGCACAGGCUACAGAGCAAUUUUGGAUGCUAUGAAAACCUUUGCUGUUGAUGCUCCUCCAGCCCUGAAAGGAAAGCUUAUUGACAUUGAGGAAUUGGAUGGUAAAAUUUGCAAAAAAUCUGGCCAAGCCUGUACUGGACAUUGUAACAAAAACAAAACAGGGAAAAAUGGACACUGUGAAAACCAAAUAGAGCGGCCAGUUCAUAUUGUGGGGGACGGCACUCAGUGGUUUAAACCUACCAGCCUGCAAGAUUUGAUACAACUUUUGAACCAACAUCGUGCUGACAAGUAUAGACUUGUCUUUGGCAACACGUCUUUUGGUGUCUAUCAAGAAUUUGGCCCUUGGAAUUUCAAUACACUUAUUGACAUCAGAGGUGUCCAGGAGCUGUAUACAAUUAAGAAUGACACUAGUGUGACAUUGGGUGCCAACUUAUCAAUAAGCAACUUAAUUGAAGUUUUUGAGCAGUACAAAACACAAACUGACAUACCAUAUGCUGCAACAUUUGCAGAACAUUUGCACUAUGUGGCACAACAUGGCAUAAGAAAUAUGAGUUCAUGGGCUGGGAAUCUUCUUCUCAAACUUGCUCACCCAGAAUUUGCUUCGGACAUCUUCACCAUUCUCGAAACUGUUGGUGCAACUCUCCUGAUUUAUGAUGGGGAUGGAAGCUCCAGGCAGUACAGUCUGACUGAAUUCUUAGGACUUGAUAUGAAGGGCAAGGUCAUUGUAUCUGCAACCCUCCCCAAAUUCUCAACCAGUGUUAAGGUCCAGACAUACAAGACCUCACAUCGUUUACAGGCUUGUAAGGCAUAUGUCAAUGCUGGAUUUAUGAUGGAUAUUGAUGUUAGCCGAAACUUCAUGGUUAAAAGCAAGCCUUCUAUUGUGAUCCAGGGCAUCAACUCCCAGCUGAUCCAUGCUGUUCAAACUGAAUCAUUUUUAAUCAGCAAGUCUUUGGGAGAUCCAGCAAUGCUACAAAAUGCCCUGACAUUGCUGGCCUCUGAACUUAUUCCUGAGACCCAUCCAACUUGGGCCAGCCCAACCUACAGAAAGUCUCUGGCUGUGGGAAUGUUUUAUAAGUUUGUGUUGAGUAUCUGCAGCAACAAGGUCAGCCCCAGAUACACCAGCGGCGCCACUGGCUUGACCAGAACUCCAAUUGUGGGAACCCAGGACUACGGCACUGACCCAUCAGAGUACCCUGUGACUCAAGCACUGCCCAAAGUCACAGCGCAGUAUUUGACAAGUGGCACAGCUCUGUUUUUAGAUGACUUGCCAGCUGUGCCCGGACAGCUUAAUGCUGCUGCAGUUAUAAGUACAGUGGGCAACGCUGAGAUUGACACCAUAGACCCUUCCAUAGCGCUGUCCCUACCUGGAGUGGUUGCUUUCCUGAAAGCUUCGGAUAUUCCCAAAGGGGGUAUAAAUAACUGGAGACCCAAGUCUUUAUACAUAUUUAAACCUGGCACACAAGAGUUACUCAGCAGUGGUGUCAUUGAAUAUGCUGGGCAACCAAUAGGAAUUAUUGUGGCAGAUGUGGCAACUACAGCCCAGACAGCUGCCAGUCUUGUGAACGUCACAUACAAAAAUGUGCAGGUGCCCAUUGUGGAUCUCAAAGAUGGAGUGCAGAAGAAAUCUUUCUUCCCUGAUCCACCUGACCCUACAACUGUUGGUGACCCCAAAGGCGCCAUUGCCUCAGCACCCCGCAAGGUUAGCGGCAGCAUCGGCUGUGGGGACCAGUUCCACUUCUAUCUGGAGACGCCCACUGUCAUCUGCACCCCGAGCGAUGUAGGGGGCAUGAAGGUCAAGGCCACGAGCCAGUGGCUGGAUGGGGUGGGGGAGACGGUGUCCCAGGUGCUGGGUUUACCUCAGUCCAGUGUUGAGGUGACUGCUGAAAGACUUGGUGGUGGAUUUGGUGGGAAAAUAUCUCAGCCCUUCCUUGUGUCUGGACUAUGUUCCCUGGCAGCCUAUGCUGUUAACAAACCAGUCAAAAUGAACUUGGAUAUACACACAAACAUGAAGAUGCUAGGCAAAAGAGAUGCAUACUAUGCAGAAUAUGAGGUCGGUUUCGAUAACAAUGGUCUUCUUUUGGGUAUAAUUAUCAAUGUGUACACUGAUGCUGGAGUGAGGGACCUGGAGGGGGAUGGGAAUGAGCUACUCACUUGGAUUGAUAAUGCUUAUUACUGUCCCAACUGGCUAUUCACACCUGUUGCAGUAAAGACCAACAAGCCAGCUGGUACAGCUUGUCGGUCGCCAGGAUCAACUGCUGCCAUCUUCAUCAUGGAAAGCAUCAUUGAGCAUGUUGCCAAAUCUUUGGGUCGAGACCCCUAUGAAGUCAGAAGGUUAAACUUGUAUGUCAAAGGUCAGAAAACCCCCUCGGGAAUGCCUCUUAAUUACUGCACUAUACGUGAGGUUGCUGAGCAGUUUGAGAGUGAUAUCAACCUCACUCAGCGUCAACAAGCUGUUGCCACCUUCAAUACAGCCAAUAGGUGGAAAAAGCGAGGACUGGCUCUGAUGCCCAAUAGGUUUGGCAUUGGUUGGCAGCAAGGCACAUACAACACUCACAUCAUGAUCUACCAUGCUGAUGGGAGUGUGGCCAUUGCUCAUGGGGGCAUUGACAUGGGGCAGGGCAUCAACACCAAGGUUAUACAAGUUUGUGCAUAUGAGCUUGGCAUCCCAAUGGAUAAAAUUCGUGUACAGACCUUCUCUACAGUGAUCAAUGCCAACUCCACCACAACAGGAGGCUCCAUAACCUCUGAACUUUGCUGCAUGGGUGUUAUAGAGGCUUGCAACAUCCUCAAACAACGCAUGGCCCCUGUGAAAGCUAAAAUGGUGAACCCAACAUGGCAAGAACUGGUGUCUAAGUGUUAUGAUGAGAUGGUAGACCUGACAGCGUCUUUCAUGACCGCCCCACAAGACCCAUAUGCCAGCCGCUACAACUGCUACAGUAUUGCCUGUGUUGAGGCAGAGCUGGACAUCCUAACUGGCCAGUACCAGCUUAGACAGAUGGACAUGUUGUAUGACUGUGGUGACAGUAUCAAUCCUGAACUAGAUAUUGGACAAGCCGAGGGGGGUUUCAUCAUGGGGAUGGGAUAUUUCUUACAAGAACAAAUGAUAUUUGACCCAGUAAAUGGACAAGCCCUAAAUGCAGGAACUUGGGAAUACAAGCCACCCAUGCCUAAAGAUUUGCCUAUGAAUUUCAACUUCAAAUUUCUGAGAAAUGCACCAAAUCCUCUAGGUGUUUUGCGUUCAAAAGCUGUUGGUGAACCCCCACUGACAAUGGGAGCUUGUGCACUGUUUGCCAUCAAACAUGCUGUGGAAGCUGCAAGAGCAGAGAUUGGCCAGGACACUUACUUUCCAUUAGACUCACCAGCCACUGUUGACAAAGUCCAACUUCUGUGUUUGAACGACAUAUCAAAAUUCACAUUGGGAAAUUAGUCUAUGGUCAGUUGGAAGUCAAUUGAAAAAUAACCAAUAAAAUGUUAUUUAAGUUGAUAGAAUAUAGAAUAUUAUUUUUUUAAAUAUAAAUCAGUCACAUAUUUUUUUUAUUAUUGUGAAACCAUGUGUUGCUAACAUAAAUUUUAUGUUGUUUAUUUCUUUUUUUCGAAUUUUAUACUGAGUAAAUAAUAGCUAAUCAAUUGAAAGUUUUUCUAUUUAUAUUUAUUACAAAAUUUUACAAAGUAAGUAAUGGCCAUUUUAAAAAUGUUUUUAAAUAUACUGUUAAUUUGUUAAUUUGGCUUAGUAAUAAUUUAUAGUUUGUGACUCUUUUUAAGGAGCAUAGUUAUUUCUUCAUGACAGAAUUAUGUGAUUGCAAUGAAUUGGCUUUGUUGAAAUUUGACAUUAAGUCCUACUCUAAUUAGCAGUUUGAAUAAAUAUUGAAACAAUAAUUUAAGCAUUAUUCUUUAAAAAAAUAUUUUUAAAUGUUUCAAAAUGUUUGAUUUGUGCCAUUAUAUUAUAGAUCCUGACAGUAAGAAUUCCUUUGUUACAAAAUGUUUACAUAUUUAUUUCUUAACAGCAUUUCAAAUGUUAUGUGCAAUUUUUUCUAAGGAGAUUUAACAAAGCAUAUGACUUAAUGUUUUGCUUAAAAAGAAAAUUUAAACAAUUUGUUGUAUACGUUAAACAAAUAUGUGAGAUUAUCAAAAUAUUUAUAAAAAUAAAAUUAAGUGAUGCAGCUUUUAUUUACAAGACAUGCAUUAUAUUUUACAUGACAUUUUCUUUUAUAACAUGUUUGUUACUGUUUUAAAAUUAUUAUAUCCAACCACAAUGUGAUUAAUUAUUGUUGAUAAAAUUGUGCAAUAUUAUAUAAUUAUUAAAGAG